UUAUCAACCUUCAAGUUAUAAAAUAUCUAGGUACCUAGGUAGGUGGGUAACCUGCCGUCUAUAACCUGAAGCGACUAGUAACAUAACCCUGCAGCUUACCUAGAUAGCUUGUUAAGUAGCAACAACGGACCCGGGACAUGGCUACGGACCAUUGGAUGACUCUAUCGAAUGACCCUAUGUAAGCCACUUACAUACACAUCGUUCCGUCCAAAAUUCAAGCUAGUUCUAGUCGUUUACCUAUGAACCUGCAGAGGUAGCGAUGCCUACACUACCGGAGGCACAGGCACGUGGCCCAGAUGAGGACUGGUCUGGUCUCAAGGAUGCCAAAGCAAGACGCAGGUUGCAAACCCGACUGAAUGUCCGCGCGUACCGGAGACGGAAAGCGUCACUUGGACGGGAGCACAUUCGUACGGGGCACGGUCCACCCGGGCGACUCCAUGGACCGUACCAACCAGAGAACCGGCAUGAGCAGCAUCGUGCCAAUUCUCCAGUCGCUGCGUCUUCGGGUCCGCUACUUGCCGUCCACCCUCGCAAUACAGACGGAGACCGGCUGCAUUCCUUCCCCUUGAGCCUCGAUCACUUGAUACCUCUUGUACAAUACAACUUCAUCCGCGGUGUCCUUACCAACGUGGCUAUCCUGGGUAGCCAAAACGCCUUUCCGCCGCCCUGUUCCCGGCGCUGGGCGAAUGUGCCUCUCUUCCCGGCGCCGUCCACCAUCCCCGAGUCGCUUGAGCCGACGGCCCUGCAGCUCAGUACGCCGCACGAGCCGUGGAUGGACCUAAUACCGGACAAGCAAAUGCGUGAUAACGCGAUCCUGAUGAUGGGGGUAUUUCAGCGCGAGGACGUCGAGGAAGACGUGACCCGUUCCCUGUAUGAGAACGUGCAGCCACUCGAAUUCAACGGGGUACUGGUCUGGAACCAGCCUUGGCGGCCUGAAGGCUGGGAGCUGACGGAAGGCUUUAUAAAAAGGUGGCCUUUCCUCGUCAAGGGCUGCUGGGCCAUGCUCGAGUCGACAAAUCGGUGGAGGGCACUCCGGGGCGAAGACCCCUUGGUCGUCGAGCUGUGAUGCGAUAAGAACGACUAGGCAAUAGGGACGGGUGUCAUGGGACACGUGGGACUAUUACGUAGAACGGGGUACAUGUAUGUGUCCAACCAAUUACUUCCGGCCAUAUACAUAUCAUACCAAAAAAGUAAAUAUAUCCGCAGCUGUAAUUGAGGCACUCGGAAACGCACACGAGUAUGGUGAGGAGAGGUUUGCUGUGCAUGGGCAGGGGGUAGUGAGAUCCGCUGACAAGCGCAGCUUGAUCGCUGCCAGCCUUUUACUUUGAACAACAAACCGGCAAUUUGGGGGGUUAUAAAGGGGGAAUAUAAUUAGGCUAGAGGCUUAUUAGGGAGUCAACAGGAACGAAGGAGGCGGAGGUUCUAAGUUGCUCUUAUCAUGACAGGUAAAGUCACUACCUUCGAGAGAGAAGAAUCGUGUGAAAGGUUGUGGCUCC